CAGACAACAUUCGACGCAGAACGUACACAACCCCAUAACUUUUUUACGGCGAAAAUUUUGUUACCGCGGAAGUGAACGAGAGCGAAAAGGUCGAGACCAAACCCUAACCCAAAAUUCCCUCCGAUUCGAAACAAAAAUGAGCCAAGACGGGAAGGGCAGAGGGCUCACCGGCGAUCAGCAGAGCCAGUUGCACUACGGAACGUUCCAAGGCGUCGCGAACUACUACCCUCCUCCCCAGCACCCACCGCCUCAUCCGGUCGUCGGUUUCCCCCAGCCGGUUCCUCCCCCAGGAUCCAACGCCGAUUCCCCGUACCAUCAUUAUGGAUACCAAACCGUUCAAGGUUAUGCAGUUGUUGAGGGAAGACCCGUAAGAGAACCCCGCCUUCCUUGCUGUGGUAUGGGUAUGGGCUGGAUCCUGUUUAUAAUUGGUUUCUGUCUUGGUGGCAUUCCCUGGUAUGUUGGAACUUUUGUCCUACUUUUUGUACGAGUGGAUUACAGAGAAAAACCUGGAUAUGUUGCAUGCACAAUAGCUUUUCACCAGUACCAAGUCGUUGGGAGGGCUCUGCCAACUGAAUCUGAUGAGCACCCGAAGAUUUAUCGGAUGAAACUCUGGGCUACGAACGAGGUUCGGGCCAAGUCCAAGUUUUGGUAUUUUCUGAGGAAGCUGAAGAAGGUUAAGAAGAGUAAUGGACAAGUCCUUGCUAUAAACGAGAUUUUCGAGAAGAACCCUACCAAGAUCAAGAACUAUGGUAUUUGGUUGAGGUAUCAAAGCCGGACUGGUUACCACAACAUGUACAAGGAGUACCGUGACACCACUUUAAAUGGGGGUGUGGAGCAGAUGUACAAUGAGAUGGCAUCUCGACACAGAGUCAGGUUUCCUUGCAUCCAAAUUAUCAAGACUGCCACCAUCCCCGCAAAGCUUUGCAAGAGGGAGAGCACGAAGCAGUUCCACAACUCCAAAAUCAAGUUCCCGUUGGUGUUCAAGAAGGUUAGGCCACCAACCAGGAAGCUGAAGACCACUUACAAAGCAACGAGACCCAAUUUGUUCAUGUAACUUUGCCGUUUGAGGAAUGAACUCUGAAUUGUUAGACUGUGCUCUAUUUUUGAAUCAUUUUAGUAGUGACCUUCCUAUCA